GCGGUAGCGAGAAAAAAAUACAGUCACGUGUUGUAAAAAUUAAAUAGAGAAGAAGAAGGCUCUGAAAACAACUCCCUUCCUCUAUGUAAAUGGAUGUUUUGAGUGUUUCUGUGCUUGCCUUAAGUGCUGUAUUUACUUCAGAGCUGAGCAGCUAGCAGGCUGGCUAACAGCAGCUAACCGCGGCUUGUCAAACUUUUCAGCACCGGUGGGAGAAAAUGGAUCCAGGUGUUCUAACGACCAUUUCCAAAGGUGACUCCUUACCUCUGGCGUCACUGCGCCUCCUGGUCCCGCCUUUGCAGCUCAUGACAGCCUCCAUGUGGCAGGUGCUGAAGAAACAAGAUGUCAUGAACUACUGGAAGGUGGCUGAGUUUGUGUCUUUCGUGGUGGACAUGGUGCCAGAGCUGCUGAUGUACAAACACAGGACUCAGCUUAACCUGGGAUUACGAGCCAGGUAUAUUCUUGAGUUGUGUCGCAGUGAAAAACUCGUAAAACCUGAGUUCAUCUUGUCUUACCUGGACAAGAUUCCAUCAUCACACCGCACUUUGGUAGAUGUCAAAGACACAGAAGAGGAAGAAGUGAUGGGUAACUUUCUUGAGUUGAUUCAGACUCUGCUUAAAGAUCCUGAGGAGAGACAAGACUUCUUCUUGGAGGUCUUCCCUGCAGAGUAUGGACCUCAGUUUGACAGUGAUUUGCAGAUGCUGUUUUGGGAAUUUCUCUGUCGACUGGGUCAGCUGCUGCCAGUUCCUGACCUUGAGCAGAUUGUUUCCUGGCUUGGAGCUGAAUGCUCUGUGAUGGAGGACUGUGUGCAGUCAGUGUCUGAGCCCACAGACCUAAAAAACCUGCUCCAACACCACAAACACCUUGGACAUUUAGAGCAGCAUGUUCCACCCUCUAGUAUGGGCGACAGCAUCCAUUCCUCACUCUCUGCGGUUUCCCCGAGCAAAAUGACAAAACGUGUAGAAGAGAGCAACCAGUUGGAUCCAGUGCAAGGCCUCAGUGAAGACACACACACUGUAGCAUUUGUGGAUGAUGUAGCAGUUGAGAUAAUCACAGUGACUGACUAUGCAGAGGUUGAAUUGGGUGCAAGCACUGACAUUGAGGUGGUGAUGGGAGAAAACUGCUUUGAGGAAACAGAUACUUGCUCAGUGGCUCAAGAUUCGCUGGUAGUGCUUCCUGAAGAAAAGACCAGAGAAGAGGAGGCAGAGGAAGCAACGCAAGACAAAGUUCAAGUUGUUUUGAAAAACGCUUGUUUAGAAGCGAGCAAGGACAAGUUAGUGUCCUCCCAACAUAAAACAACCAUGGGACCGCAUGACUGCCCAGACUGUGAGAAGAAAUUCAAAUUUGCCUCUUCUCUAAUCGCCCACAGAGUCAUCCACACCGGAGAACGUCCUCACCGCUGCAGCGACUGCGGCCGCUGCUUCUCCUUCAGGCAGUCCAUGGACAGGCACAAACACACACACAAAAUGGGACGCAAGUACGACUGCGUCAUCUGCGGGGAGACCUUCCAGUCCCUUUCGGCUCGUACAGAGCACAAGCAAACGCACAUGGAAGAAGGUGUUUACAUGUGCUUCCAGUGCAACAAGAGAUUUAACUGGGAGGUGGCACUCGCGAGGCACCUAAAAACUCACACUGACGAUGAUAAUAAUCCAAACAAGUCUACAGGGAGCAUUGAGGAUUGGCAACAGGCUGUAAUAGCUGAGGACAGCAUCAGUGAGGCUAAUGUUACUGAACCUGAUGGUCAGGCUGCAGCAGAUGAUGCUGGAGAUCAACAUGCAGAGGGUCAGAGCAGUGAAUGUCCCACCGCUGAACUUGAAAAUAAUGUCGUCUCUGCAGUCAAGGUCCGUACAAGUGGGCGCAAACGCAGACCGACCAUGAAGAUACAGGUGAUCAAUUUACAGAAGCGCAUGGCCACCAAAAAAGGGCAGGAGAUGGCCAGCGUGAACCCUCCAGCUCUGAAGCCUUUACCCUUCAACUGUGCAGAGCACUCCUAUGGGUCAUUCAUGGUCUCCUCAAAGGACGGUGAUGAAAGUUCUGCAGCAGAUGUCUCUCCAGCUGCUUUCUCCUGUCCGAAGUGCUCCUUCUACCACCCAGAAGAGGAGCAGGUCCAGCAGCACAUUGACAAAGUUCACUCUGUUGAGACUGUGGACAAGUCUUCCCUUCAGGGCCUCGUAGAUGAGGAGGGACAUUUUAGUUGUGCAGACUGUGAGAAGAGCUUCAAGUUUCAGUCCUUACUAAAAGCCCACCAGCGCAUCCACACAGGUGAGCAGCCCUUCCUGUGCUCUCAGUGUGGACGGCGUUUCUCCUUCAAACAGUCGCUGGAGAGGCACAAGCAGACGCACAAGUCCGGUCGCAGGUACGAGUGUCUGAUCUGUGGGGAGGUCUUCAAGUCUCUGGCAGCUCAGAGGGAACACAAGAGCACCCACAUGGAGAACGGUGAGUACCUGUGUUCAGAGUGUGGCCGGGCGUUCGCGUGGAAGUCUGCACUGGUGAGGCACCUGAAGACUCACGGGGUGGACGCUGACAAGGCGGCGCAUUCCUACAAAUGUCCUCACUGUGACCUGGGGUUCAGCUGUGCCAGCUACCUCAACAGACACCUCCAGACUCAUCAGGAGGAACGAGUCCACACCUGCAACUGUGGAAAGAGCUUCGCCUACCGGGCAGCUCUCACCGCACACCAGCGCAUUCAUCAGAAAGAGCGGCCACAUAUUUGCACACAGUGUGGCAAAGGCUUCCUCUAUAAGGGCGGUUUGCUGAGCCACAUGAAGAUCCACUCAGAGGAAAUGCCCUUCAUGUGUUCAUUCUGUGGCAAGAGCUUCAAGAGGGAACGUAACAUGAAGAAACACGAGCGCUGCCACACCAGAGAAAAUGUUUUCAGCUGCUCGCAGUGCGACAAGAGUUUCGUGUACAAAGCGACGCUGAUCAGACACGAGCUAACACACUCAGGUGAGAGGCCAUACCUCUGCUCUGACUGUGGGAAGGGUUUCUUCUCCCACGCUGAGCUCUUAAAGCACGAGCGUUUCCACACGGGCCACAAGCCCUUCCAGUGCUCCCACUGUGGCAAGAAGUUCACCCAGUCUUGCUACCUGACCAUCCACCUGCGCUACCACACCGGGGUCCGGCCGUACUCCUGCACCGAGUGCGACAAGAGCUUCCUGAGUGCCAACCGCCUGAAGAGACACCAGAGAACACAUUCAGGGGAAAAACCGUACCUCUGUGUGGAGUGUGGGAAGGGAUUCAGACAGGCUUAUAAUCUGAAAAUGCAUCAGCGGACACACAUUAUGAAGUUAACGUAGACAGCUCAGACUUUAUCUUAAUAUUUAGGAAAUUCAAGUUGUUUAAGAUUAUGGCUUCUAAAUUAUACUGCAGCAAAAGCAGCUGUAGAACUGCGACCAUUAGAAAGAUUUUCCAUUCUACUGAAUGCAUUUGAUUUCAAGGCUAUUAAAACACCCUAAGCAGA